CGCACCAAGGCUCUAUCAUACCUCUUCCCGGUUCUUCUCCGUCGCACCCCUUCCGUCGGCCUUGCUCGCAUCGCUCCCUUUUGAACCCUAAUGUGCGUUUCUCUCUUCGAUCCCGCCACUAGUGCUUGCUCUUCUCCGUGUGUUGCUGCGUUUCUCUCUUCGAUCUUGCCUCAGCUGUGCACGACUGAGAAUCAAGAUGCUAUAUAUGCCGCAAUUGUUGGUAUGCUUGCUGAUCCAAAGGAGGCAAAGGCUGGAAUCAGGGAGGUCCAUUUUUUCCCUUUCAAUCAUGGAGACAAGAGGACUGCUCUAACUUACAUUGAAUCUGAUGGAAAUUGGCAUAGAUCCAGCAAAGGUGCUCCUGAGCAGAUAUUGAACCUCUGCAACUGCAAAGAGGAUGUGAGGAGAAAGGCUAUGCAACUAUUGUUAAGUUUGCUGACCGUGGGAUCCGAUCUUUGGGGGUUGCUAGACAGGUUUGACAAAAAAGGAUAUUAACAUUUAUAGUUUACAACUUGGUUGAAUGAGUUUUUAUUCAUAAUUGCUGCUUGAAUAUCUUUAUAUAACAGGAAGUACCUGAGAAAUC